AUGCACAUCGCCAUUGUCACCGAGAAUUUUCUUCCAAAGGUUGAUGGCGUGACUCGUACAUUAGCACGCCUGUUGGAGCAUCUACAAGCAGGGGGUCAUCGUGUUGCAGUAUUUGGACCAGAGAGUGGAAUGGAGACUUAUGCAGGUGCUGAAUUGUAUGGGACAGCCGGGAUCCCGUUCCUUCCGUAUCCUGAACUAAAGUUGAAUUUAUGGAGACCUGAAUUUACACGAAAACUUGUUGAAUUCGAACCGCAUGUCAUUCAUCUAGUUGAUCCUGUGUGGCUGGGGGCUGCAGCUCUUGCAAUCUGCCAUACCAAACUUCAGGAUAUUCCCGUAGUGUCUUCGUACCACACAAAUCUUGCUACUUACUGUGGCCACUUUGGCCUUGGUAUUUUUACACCGUUGAUGUGGCGUUGGAAUUUGUUCUGCCAUUCCCGAUGUCGUUACACAGUCUGUCCUUCACCAUCUACAAGAGAUAUGCUGGAAUACCACGAAUUUCAAAAUGUGCGGCUCUGGCCUAGAGGCGUCGAUACCACCCUGUUUUCACCUCGACAUCGAUCUUGUUCGCUGCGUGCCGAAUGGACUGGUCAACCGGAUACCCCAAAAACGAUCCUUUUGUACGUAGGACGAUUGUCGUACGAAAAGAACAUCGGGCUGGUGGUGGAUGCUUAUAAGCAACUGGAUCAUGCACGCUGUCAUCUCGUGCUUGUUGGUCACGGUCCUGCACACAAUGAUAUCAAAGCAGAGUGCGAGCGAUUAGAGAUACCUGUUACUUUUACUGGAUACCUACAAGGCACCGAGCUUGCCACAGCAUUUUCGUCGGCAGAUCUGUUUGUGUUCCCUUCUACAACAGAGACAUUUGGUCAGGUUGUACUGGAAGCCAUGUCAUCGGGAUUACCAGUGGUGGGCCUUGUGGCAGAAGGUGUACGAGACCUUGUUGAUCACCGAAAGACCGGCUUGCUACUAGAUACCACUGGGCUGACUGUUAAAGAACAGGCAAAACACUACAAAGCCAAUAUCAUCACUCUGAUCAACGAUAUUCCGCUCCGAACUGUCAUGUCCAAUAAUGCGAUAAAAUCAGCUUCACGGUACUCUUGGUGGGAAGCUAUGGAGUGCAUGGUUCAGGUUUACAGGGAUGCGACUGAGGAAGCACGUCUGAAACACACUAUGCUCGAUAUUGAUAACCAGCAAAUCAACAAACAUUCUGUUGACGAGAGAGGCGACAGUGGUGUUGAGGAAGGGUUUUCGGAAGAAGAACUUGAUGAUCUUGAUCGUGCGGAGGCCGGAAAAUCUAAACCCAUUGAACCUUUACUUUAA